AGUAGGUAAACUGAAAAAAGUAAAACCCACUCAUUGAUUUCUAUUCAAUCUGUUGGAAUUCUUCGAGCUCUAUUAGAAAAAGGGGCUGUAAACUCCUAAAUUAAUAGGUAGGUGAAAUUUCUGAAAGGUUUCCUAACACACCACGCACCCCACCCUACCAAAUACAAAAAUCAAGAUCCGUUUCCAGACAGUAUGUGAAACUACGUUAUUUUAAAAAAUCAAAUUAGCACAUGACCUUUGUUAAGUAGCCACCAUAUUUUAACAUCACAGUUAUUUAUUUAUGUUGGUCUUGGGAUUGUCAAAACAUUUUUACGAUUGCGUCUCACACACUUCAAUAAAAAGCAAAAUGAAAAUAGGAGUUAGCCAAGGUUUUCCGUUUUGCACUAUCGCCUAAAUUACCAUACAGUAACCCUCUAGUUAUAAGAUUACAGGUCUAAUGAGGUUGCCAAACAAGUUGUUGUGGUCAAAGAAAAUAUGAAUAGAAUCCGGAGUGCUAGAUUUUGUUCCAACCUAAGCUACUUACAUCAUAUAGGAAAAAUUCCCCUGGAAUACAUUCCCUAUGGAAAGUUACUGGAACGAACUGCAUUGCGGUACCCCGAACGGGCAGCUGUCAUAUCGCUACAGGACAACAAAAGAAUUACAUACCAAGAUCUGAAAACACAAGCUGAUCGUUUUGCUGCAGGGCUUCAGCAAAUUGGCAUAAACUACGGUGACCGUGUCGGGCUUUGGGCACCCAAUACUAUAGAAUGGAAUGUGGUUUCCUUAGCUUGCGCUCGAGGAGGAUUCGUAGUGGUGCCCCUCAAUCCUGCUUACACAAAACCAGAAAUAGAAUAUUGCAUUAACAAAGUGCGUUUGAAAACUAUUAUCUGCCCAGAGAGAUCUAGCAAACAACGCUUUUACGCAACACUGUGCUCCAUCAUAAACAACUUAGACAAUCAAAAACCUGACAAUUUGAUUAAUACCACCACCCCAUUCCUCAGUAGCAUAAUAACAAUAUCCGAAAACCAUCUUGGAGGCACAUUUAAUUAUAACGACAUUAUGGGUUUAGCAAGUGAAACCUCUGUACGAGAAAUUAAUCAACACCAAGUUAAUCCUGAAGGAGUAGCAAAUAUUCAAUUCACAUCUGGCACUACCGGAAAACCGAAAGCAGCAAUGAUCAGUCACUUCAGUAUUGUCAACAACUCACUCGCCAUUGGUAAGCGAGUUGAACUUGAUGAGAAACAUCACAAAGUUUGUGUACAAAUCCCAUUCUUUCACGGAUUUGGCUACACAACCUCAAUUGGAGCCUCCGUGGCUUAUGGGGCCACAAUAGUUAUACCCUCUCCCACAUACAAUUCUCUGCAAAAUCUGAGAGCGAUCAAAGAGGAAAAUUGUACAGUUGUUCAAGGCACACCGACUAUGUACAUCGAUUUAGUCAACGUUCAGAUGCAACACAACGAGAAGAUCUCUCUCGAAAUAGCCAUGUGUGGAGGAGCCCCAAGCUCAUCAGAACUGUACAAGAAAAUGAAACAACACCUAAAUGUGAAAAAGAUUACGUCGGUAUAUGGGUUAUCUGAAUUGACUUGUGUCGCAUUUCAAUCUCUGUCUUUAGACGACGAAGAUAAAGUACUCAAUACUGUCGGGCACGUAGGCGAUCAUUUAGAAGUAAAAGUUGUUGAUGAAAAAAAUGAAAUAGUGCCUAUAGGCACACCGGGCGAGCUAUGCGUUCGGGGAUACAAUACCAUGCUCGGUUACUGGGAAGACAAAAAGAAAACUGAUGAAGUGAUCGAUGAUGGCGGUUGGUUCAAAACCGGGGAUAAGUUUAUUCUCGACAAGAACGGCUAUGGGAUAUUUAUUGGUAGAUUAAAAGAUAUAAUAAUUAGAGGUGGAGAGAAUAUAUUCCCGAAGGAGAUUGAAGAUUUCUUGUAUACUCAUCCCGACGUACUGGAAAUUCACGUGAUUGGUUUGGCGCAUGAAAGACUGGGCGAAGAAGUUUGUGCUUGCGUUAAGGUGCGCGAUGGAGCCGAGUUAACGCUAGACAGAAUUCAGGAGUUCUGUGAAGGAGUCUUGUCAAAAUACAAAAUCCCAACUCAACUAAGGAUUGUAGACAAAUUCCCUAAAACGCAAUCGGGGAAAAUCCAAAAGUUUCUAUUGAAAAGGCAGUUUGAAUCAGAUAAUUGAUCAGUUACUUUUAAUAGGUUAUACGCAGUGUCCCGCUCGUAUUCGAAUAAGACUUGGAUCUUUGAUGUAGAAAGACCGGCUAUAUUCAACUAUCAAGAAAAAGGUGCCAACCUCACUGAUUAUACAAUUAUUUGGUUGAGAAAACGUCCACUGCAUUGUCGGCCAUUUAAUGUUUAUUGGCUAUGUUUAAGUCUCUAUAAAUUCUAUAUGUUACCCUUACUCUUGUUAAAAUAAACAACACAAACAAUUCAA